AUUGCAUGCAAGGCAGACCUGGUCCCCUGUCUGGAGCAAAUCCAAGUGCCCUGGAAUGUGAAGAGAGAGGAGAUGGUGGCCAGACCAGAGUACCAACAGAUGUGUGGCGAAUCUGAGAAGGUCUUUGAUCAAAACUCAAAGUGUAUUGUCUAUGAGCAUGUGGCUGUUCAACAGAAGUUGUGCGAAUCCCCCAAAUGGACACUGUACAAAACAAAUACUACUACAGAAAACUGCCACAAAAACAGAUGGAUACAAAAUCACAGGGAUGACUAUAUUGAAUCAAUACACUUCAGCAGACAUGAAAGCAUGCACACUGGAGAAGAACUUUGCACAUAUAAAGACGUUGGCAAAUCUUUAAGUUUAUUUUCAAACAUAAGUCAGAGUCAUGGAAUCUUCAUAGGAAAGAAAGAGUAUAAAUAUAACAAAUGUGAUCAGUCUUUUAGCUUUACCUCCAAGCUUGUACAGGUAAGAAUUCAUAAUAGAGAAAAACCUCACUGCUUCAGGGAAUGUGGGAAAUCCUUCAGGACCUGCUCAAGUCUCAGUACACGUCAGAGAACUUGUACUGGAAAGAAACUAUGGAAAUGCACAGAGUGUGACAAGUCCUUUAAGUGGUUAUGCGACCUUAAAACCCAUUACAGAAUUCAUCCUGGGGAGAAACCUUUCAAAUGUAAGAAAUGUGACAAGUCUUUUACCUACUGCUCAUCUCUUAAAGAACAUCAGAACAUCCAUGAGGGAAAACUUUACAAAUGUCAGGAAUGUGACAAAUCCUUUACCUACUGCUCAUCUCUUAGAGAACAUCAGAACAUCCAUGAGGGAAAACUUUACAAAUGUUGGAAAUGUAACAAAUCCUUUACCCGGUGCUCAUCUCUUAGAGCACAUGAGAAAAUUCACACUGGUGAAAAACCUUUCAAAUGUAAGGAAUGUAGUAGGUCCUUUUAUAUGCUGUCCCAACUUAGAAAACAUGACAGAACCCAUACCGGAGAGAAACCUUACAAAUGUAAGGAAUGUGACAAAUCUUUUACCUACUGCUCAUCUCUUAGAGAACAUCAGAAUAUGCAUGCUGGAAAAUUUUAUAAAUGUCAGGAAUGUGACAAAUCCUUUACCCGGUGCUCAUCUCUUAGAACACAUGAGAAAAUUCAUACUGGAGAAAAACCUUACAAAUGUAAGGAAUGUGGUAAGUCUUUUUAUAUAUUGUCCCAACUUAAAAAACAUGACAGAACCCAUACCGGAGAGAAACCUUACAAAUGUAAGGAAUGUGACAAAUCCUUUACCCAGUGUUCAACCCUUAGGAUACAUCAGAAAAUUCAUGCUGGAGAGAAACCCUACAAAUGUGAAGAAUGUGGUAAGUGCUUUUGUAAGUUGUCAUACCUUAAAGUCCAUUACAGAACCCAUACUGGAGAGAAACCUUACCAAUGUAAAAAAUGUGGUAAGGGCUUUUCUCAGUUGUCCUGUCUUAAAAGCCAUGACAGAAUCCAUACUGGAGAGAAACCUUACAAAUGUAGUCAAUGUGACAGAUCCUUUACGCACUGCUCAACUUGUAGGAGACAUCAAAGCAUUCAUGCUGCAAAAUUUUAUAAAUGUGAGGAAUGUGACAAAUCCUUCGCUAAACAUUCUUCUCUUAAAACACAUCAGAAAACCCAUGCAGGAGAGAAACCUCACGGUUGUAAAGAAUGUGGUAAGGCCUUCUAUCAACUAUCACACCUUAAAGUUCAUUACAGAAUCCACACUGGAGAGAAACCUUACAAAUGUUAUGAAUGUGACAAAUCAUUUACCAAAUCUUCAUCUCUUAGAACACAUCAGAAAAUCCAUGCAGGAGAGAAACCUCAUGGUUGUAAAGAAUGUGGUAAAGCCUUCUAUCACUUAUCACACCUUAACAUCCAUUACAGAAUUCAUACAGGAGAGAAACCUUACAAAUGUAGUGAAUGUGACAAAUCCUUUACCACACUGGCAAACCUUAAAAGACAUCAGAAAAUUCAUACUGGAGAAAAAACUUUCCAUAGUAAAUAAUGUGGUAUAUGCUUUUUCAGAGCUCUGUCCAUAGGGACCAAAGCAGUCACCACACUAGAGAAUCAUUAUGAACUUGAGAAACUUGUGAAAGCCUUGAAGGAAUUGUUGAAUCUUACAAAACAUCAAGAGUUUAUAGUGAGGAAAAAUUCUGAAUAAAUGGCCGUGUGGGAAGCCUUUAAUUAAAACAUUUUACUUUAUCAACUUCAAAAAUCUCAUAGUGAAGACAAUCUGUGUUAAUCUAAAGAAUGUCACCAAGCCUUUAAUUAUUUCCUGAAAUGUUGUACAACAUUUAUAUUAGAGAGAAAUCGGAUAAAUGUUUACCAUUGUUCUCUAUUCAUGCCUCAUUGCACAUUAAAAAUUCCACUGUCUGGAACCAGAAGAAAUUCACUGAUUUUGUCAAUGUCUUUACCUAUUGCUAAACAGUAGACACCUGAAAAUUCUUCCUGAAGGAAAAUCCAAGAAAAUGCUUUCAGAAAGACUUUUUCCCCUUCUUCAAGACAUGCAUUGUGGAGUGAAAACCUAUCAAUAGCAAGAUGGUGAGAACUUUAUAGAGAUGAUCUUGUGACUGUGACAAUGUAUAUGCUCAUGCACAGCUAGAAAAUCCCUAAGGGUAUGCAGGAAAAUUAUUUUUCAGUUCUCUAGAAAGUUGGGGAAGUAUUUAGUGAAAAUGCAGAGCAUAGUUGUUGGAAUUCUGUCCACUCCUCCAGCUAUGUGACUGCACAUGUGCAGUUCAGCAGCCAAGUAAGGGGCCUUAUGUCAUGUGACUGCACAUGUACAGUUCAGCA